AUGACUACAACUAUAUGUCAUCGUCAUACUCCUCAUACUGAAUUAGAAAAAUUUACAAAAUUGGCAGAUUUAGUUGUUGUUGCAGCUGGUAUACCUGGUUUAAUCACUAAGGAAAUGAUAAAACCAGGAGCAUGUAUAAUUGAUGUAGGAAUUACAAGAAUAAAAAUGGAUAAUAAAUAUAAAAUAGUAGGAGAUGUAGACUUUGAAAAUGUAAAAUCAAUUGCUGGACAUAUAACUCCAGUACCAGGAGGUGUAGGUCCUAUGACUGUAGCAAUGUUAAUGAAAAAUACUAUUUUAGCAGCUAACAAAAAUUACGAAAACUCAAAGCUCUCUGAUCUUAAUAAUAAGAAUAAUAAUAAAUAAAAAUUUUGAU